UCCCAAUGAAAAACCUGUAGCAUUUUAUCAUCAUUUAAAACUGUUUUCAACGGAACCAGAUGUUGUUGCUGGUACAAAAGCAUUAGUCAAUGAACAUUAUGAUGAAUUGGUAAAUUUAUAAAUCACUUUUGAUAAUUAGAAAGUUAUCUUAAUACUUUAAAUACUCAAGUCAUUUUCUUAUUUGAUAUUAUUGUUGACGAGAGAAUAUAUCCCGAUUGUCGGACGUCGUUCGGCUUCAUAUUAUAGUUAGGUGUAGGUCUCAAUAAGACUAAGAAAAAAUUUAAAAGGAUUUGAGUUCAUAGCUUACUAAUGAAGAGUUAUUAUCGUUUUAAUAAAAUCUUUUCUGACUAACAAGACAUUUUCAAAAAACUCAAAAUAAAUAGGUUCAAGCUAAAACUAUGUCUAUAAACCGAUUUAAUAGUUAUUGGACAGUUGUGAAAGUUUCAACAAAAACGAACAUGUCUUUCUCGAGAUAUUCAAUUUCCAAAAAAAUCAACAGUUUACCAUACGAAGACACAGUGAUCAAGUCUACUUGAAAAUUGAAUAUCUUGAGAAAGACAUGUUCGCUAUUGUUAAAACUUUCAUGACUAUCUAAUGACUAUUAAAUCUGUCUAUAAACAAAAUUUCAGUUCAAAACUGUUUAUUUUAAGUUUUUCAGAAAUAUCUUACUUUCAGUAAAAAUUUCAUUAAAACCACCAUAACUCUUCAUCAUUUAGCUAUGAGUUCAAAUCCUUUUAAGUUUUCCUUAGCUUCACCGAGACCUACUCGCACUCAUAAUAUGAGCUCGAGUGACCUCCGACAGUUGGACAUGUGUCCUUGUCAAAAGGUUAGAAUUUUAAAGAUACUGUCAUUGUAUGAAAUAUUGAGUCGAAACAUGAUUUUAGAGUUUUCUUCAAAUACAAAUUAUCAAUAAUUAUACAGAAGAAAUUACUAACUCACUAUCUUACAGAUCGUGAUAAACAUAUAAAAAAAUUUUCGGAGAUAUUCUUCUAUGUUUGUUGUUAAUAAUUAGUGUACAAUUCAGU